UCAGAAGCGGGCGGCGCCUUAUCAGCUCUAAUGCGUCCGUCGCCGGUGUCAGUGGGUCACGUGCUCGCGUUAGCGCUGCACCUGCGCGCGCCGCUCUCGCACCCGCGCCCCGCGCCGCCGCGCCGCGCGCUGAGCAGUGUUCAAUCACCAGUGGCGACAUCUACGUGGGCGCUGGAACAGACGGGCGCGUCGCACGACGGUGACGUCGAUUCCGGCUCCGAAGGUGUACCAGAAGGUGGUGACGUAGCCCGCGAGUUAGCAGCAUUAGCUCUGUUACGAGCGAGACUGCCCAACGCCGCGUCCGCGCUCGCCGCCGCCCUGCCGCGUCCGCCGCCACACAUAGCCCAGCCGCUGCAGCAGAUCCUGCAGUUGGCAGCCCUGCUCCAAUGCCGCAACCACGCCCUCAUCGACGUUGAAACCGCAUUAGAAGCAGCCGAGGGCCACAGCACCGACAAAGUCGGGAAGCGACAACUGGUCCCCGUCUCCAUGAUCCCCAAGCGAAGCCCCGCCAAGCAGCCAAUCAAGAUACCCCCCAAAGUCAAGGAGGUCCCGCUCAAAGUCUUCCACCAGGUCGAAUGUAAGUCCACCAGUGAUCUGCCCUUCUUAGACCCGCUCAGGCUCCGGACAGAAUGACUAAGGCACAAACUACUGCUGUACAGCUAUUACCAUUAGGAAUAAGUGCGAGUGAUUCCAUGCAAAUACUCAUUUUGUACGUUUAUUGAUCGUAGGAUCGCCAAAUUGACUGCCUUAUGUCACCAAUUUGCGGUUUCGAGUUGAUCAAAAAAACUUCUGUACUAUAAAUUUUUAGGACAAAAUUAUGCAUACCACGGGAACUCUUUAGAGCAAGAUCUUUAUUGACUAAGGAACGGUGUAAAAUAAAUAUUGGUGCAUUAAUAAAACAGAAAAAAUAUCAAAAGGAGUUGACAAGAUGACCUCGGUCGGACGGCAGUAGGUAUUUGUUUAUACAUUAUGAAAUAUUUGACGAUCAGAAUCGUGUGUUUGGGAGCAGUGAAUUAUUGACCGAUUCUUGUAAAUCAACUAUUGUUAUUGCAAAAACAAAUGACUAAAUUAGAGUGUUCUUACAUUAUAUGUUUAGUAAAAUAAUUUCCACUGUUUAUAGAAUAUGAUAUCUAUUUAAGUAACUGCCGUACCAGAUGUGUUUAAUAUUAUAGUCAAUAAUUUAAAAUCGAUAUUUAACCUGUCAAAUAUUGUAUAAUAUGUAUUCUAUGUACACACGGCCACACUGUUAACUAUCCAUUUCCGUUUUUGCUUUCGCUCUCAUCAAAUUACUAUUCUUUGCGACAGAACGAGACGACAUGACAGGCAAUGGAUAGUUAAUACUGUUGCCGAUGGUACAUAUAAUAUCUGAAGCAGUCAUACCUAUAUGCAGCUUUGUAAGUGACUACUGAAUAUAGUCCCAUAAUAAAGAAAGUAUGUCCUUUUAUUGACAACUAAUAGAUUUAAUCUCGUCCCCUUAAUAGCAUAUUUGAGUAUUAUUGCAGAUAUGAAUAAACUCUCUCUAACUACCUCUCUUUAAAAAUAUUGUGUGUUAACCAAUAAACCAAUAUAAACAUUUAAUUUAACGAAAAAUAUUCAAAUUAAAACUAUGAUGGCAGCACUGUGCCCGAAAUACAUAAAAGCGCCUUAUGUGCCACAUAUUGUUGUCGUUAAUUAUAAGUAAAUGAAUUAUGUAUGUAUGUAUGUAUAUAUUGUAAACUGUUUCCUAAGCGAGUGAAUGCCUUAAAAGACAAUCUGUAUUAUUGUAAACGUAUUUAUAUUAUAAGAACUAUCUUUAGGUCCAUAUUUCUAUUGAUCAAUAUUAUAUUUUGAAUUUAACACCAUCUGUAUGUAUUCUAAGCCCAAUACUUAAUCCAAAUUAUGUAAAAUGACAUGCAUUUAUGAACUUAAUUUAAUGUGUGGAUGGAGAAAUGUACACAGAAAUCGGAGAAGUUUCAAUUACAAUCGAAAACCAUAAUCUCUACGUUUGUUUACCCCUCCUUUAGUAAAUGUUUAUAUAAAUAGUUAUUUUAAUAACUCCUCAAAACAACUGACAUAGUUUUUGUGAUCUGUCAAACCAGCCUAUAAACGGAGGAAGUAUUGGAGUUAGGUCUAUAUUCUGGAAUGUUAUUUUGAAUUUAAAUCAUGAAUGUAAUUAGACAAAGGUUUUUUUUUAAAUCAAAAGUAGAGAGCAAUUAAUAGAGUAAAUUAGGUUCAAGGAAUUGGUAACAUAAUCAAAUAUUUCGUUGAAUUUUAAAAAUAGUACUAAGUGUAUUGUUGAGCAUUUCUUUAAUAGGAAUAGUUUAAAUGCAUGUAGCCAAUAGAUAAGUAGUGCAAUUUUUAAUAUUUGCUCGAAAUAUAUUUGUGAUAAGUCAUAAAUAAAUAAGUAAUAUAAGUGAUCCUAUCAAGUGCAGUGUUCAAAUGCUUAGUUUAAGUUUUGCCUUAGUUUGACAAAGGCGUUUUGCAAUAUUAUUAUUACAUAAGCUUAAGUUUAUAUUAAGCAGCGUUAUGUAAAUAAUAAUUCGUUAUUCCAAUGGUGAUGUGAUUUCCUUGUUUUAGGGGCGAAAUUUUAGGGUAUACCUACUAGUUAUUAAAUGAUCCCCGUGUGUUGAUUGUGUGUGAUCACUUGGGCUAGCUCAUGUAUACAGGGUGUCCCAGAAUGGGUGAAUCAAACUGAUAGGGGAGGUAGCUCUACUAAUGUACUAUACCUAAAAAAUAUGAAAAAAAAAAAUAAAGCGCAUUGACACAAAAAAAUGUUUUUGAAAGAGUGAAAAUAAAUCAGCUUUACCUAUGCUGGCUAUAAUUGCUUCGUUUGGAGAUUAUUUGUACUUUUUUCUUAUUAAUAUUAAUUGUACAUGAUCGCUUCGUAAACAAACCUUUGAAAAUAAUGACUAGAUUUCGAGUUUAGAGCACUUUAUUUAAAAAAAAAAUCCAAACUCAUUUUUUUUUUCAUAUUUUUAGGGAUAGUAGAUUAGUAGAGCUACCUCCCCUAGCAGUUUGAUUCACCCAUUCUGGGUCACCUGUAUAACUACAAGUCACAAACCUGGUAAAGAGCUUUACCGAGGUUUUGGCUAGGCAAAUUCUACCUUAACUACCUAACAUAUUUUGUCAUAAUGGUUUGGUACCAGUUGAAAUAUCAGUUAGGUAUGUGUCGCUUGUUAAAAUAGGACAGCGUAAAGAAUAAAUUAAUGUGAUAUUGUUGUACAGUAAAGUAAUUGUGAAGUUUUCUAACGGAAUAUUGUUAUACUUGUAUUUUAUUAUUUGCGUUCGUCAUAGAAAUGAGAUUGAUUGUGGUUUGGUAAAUAAUAAUAAACUAAAAUUGCCACAAACUAUUCGGAUGGAAUUAUUAUAUUAGGUCUAAACUAGAAUCUAUCAAAUAUGUGUUAAAUGAAGUUGAUGGACUGAAGCAAAUUAUUAUUGUUAUAAGCCUCUAGACGUAAGUCCAAAGAACAAAUCGUUGUAGUUUAUAAGAAUUAAGAAUUUAUAAAAGAAUUAAGUCAAUAUAUUUUUUGCUUCCCAG